AAAAACUUGUGCAAAAACUCCGCUCCUCUAACUUCCUCAUUCACUUCUGUGGUUUUGAGCUGUGAGUGUAACUCCUCUUUUUGCUGCACUUGUCAGUUGCCGCCUGCCUUUAUUUCGGAUUUGCAGUUCAGUGAGCAGCGAUGGCAGGCACCAUUGCUUUGCCGCUUCAAGAAUUCAUUGCUUCACUGGACAACGCCAGUUUGCCAAAAAUUUUGCAAGUUUGCUCUGGAGUGUAUUUCCAAGGUUCAAUAUAUGAAAUUUCUGGAAGUGAAGUGUGCUUUUCUACCGGGGAUCUAAUAAAGGUCAUUGGCAUUGAACUACAGUCUGUUUCCUGUGAAGAUGUCGUUAACAAAGAAAGAUUUGAGCUUCCAAUCACUCACACAGGGCUGUUCAAAGUGGUCCCUGAGCAGAUGCCAUACACUUCAAUCGAGGAGAUGGUGAGCCUGAGGCCCGUGGACCUGGACGACUCCCUUCCUUUUACCUUCACCAGCAACUCCAAGAUGACUUUCGGCAGUCUGACGCUGGGGUCCGGCAAAGCAUUGACCGUGCUCUCCAUCGAGAGGCAUAACGGCGAAGAGGGCCGGGUGCGUUGCCACGUAAAGGGGCAAACGGAGGCCUCGGCCGAAGUGUGUAUUCCUCUGUCUUCUCGAGGGGAGUUUUACGAAUGCGAGAGUGAGGAAAGCUACACCCUGAAGGACAUAAUGGCUUCGCCUUCCCUGCGCAGUCGAAGGUUUCGCUUCGUUAAGACCACCAAGUGUGAACGAGUUGUCGUCUUCAGUCCAAUCUACCAGGUCCAGGCCAUAAUGAACCUGAGGAAGAACGUGCUCAGGUUUCCAUCCAGCCUGGAGGUGGACGUGGUUGACGUCACUGAUGUGUGUAAAAACGUCCACUUCGUGACGCCUCUGAGUCUGACGGAGGUCCUGUCACAGCCGGACGAAUCAUUCCCCGUGGUGGCAGAGGUGUUGGAGGAGCCCGAGAGCCGCUCUUUUUUCAAGUGUGACUGGCUUCCGGGCCUGACCAAGAGCACCAACCUGGUUCUGCACAAGAAAGGAACCAUGGCCAUGGUCCUGAUGUCUAGCCUGAAGGGCCGGAAGAAUCAACAGUACUUCGUUGUGUCCCAGCAGUACAACGGACGGUUUCGGAGGCGGCCGAGAGAGUUCAGCUCAGUGUACGAGCUGUAUGUUGCUUCAACCCAGACAAACGGCCUGACAGUGAGCGUGACAAGGAACUGCGAGGAAGUCAAAGAGGAGGGUCUGCCAGACCUCAGCGUCGGGGAGAAGCUACAGGUGGUGGACUGCACUAGAAUGGAGUUGCCUUGUGUGAACAGUAAAGGGGAGAGGCAGUCUGUCGAGGCUCUUUUGUGUCAUCGUCUUCAAGAGCCAAACGAUGAUGACGACGAGGACGAGGAGGAGGACGAUGAAGAGAAGAAGGAGCAGGAGCAGGAAAAUGAGGAGGUCUUAUUGCCUCUCUACAUGCAGGGUCACUUUGUAGAGGUUCUCGCUGAAAACAAAAAGUAUAAACUCAGUGACCUGGGAAAGGAGUUCAGUUUGCCACUGGAUGUAAAAGUGGUGAGCCGAGAUACUGACCUGGAGACAGAUCCGCUGGUUGGGUUCCCUUGUCUAAGGAUAGAGGGGGCAAUGUUGGAGCCCAGCAUCCAGGCGAGCUUUCAGAACAAACCUGACCACUGUUUCCAGCUCCUGCCCCAGUGGCUGUCUUUGUCCGUGUCUUUCACCAAGGACCCCCUUCCGUGGCCUGAGCACCAGUGCCCGAAGUGUGUCAUAGAAAAGGUUAGCGAGGUGACAGACACUUUUUUCUAUGAGUUUCGCAGGAAGGAUAACUCAAACGAGGCCCCUCCACCUCGGCCGCCAAAACGAGACAUGUCAUCGUUAAACUUGACCAAAAAAACAUCAAAAUCUACAAAGAAACACUCCAAGCCUAAGAAAAACAAAGACAAAAGCCCGCCGACAGAGAAGCUAAACGACUUAACGUUGAAUCACAAAAAAAGACCCCCAGCUCCACUGCCUCCUGAGGGCUUAAAUGAUGAAUCUCCUCCUCCACUUGUACCACGAAAGUGCUUGACUGCAGAAACGACAAGCAAGGCCCUGCCAAACACUUACGUGAAGAUAAACCAGUCGAUAAAAAAUGAGAACUUGACUGCAGACGUGGAAAGUGACCAUGACUAUGAAACCGUGGAUGACUCUUUGGUAGCUAUGGUUAAGACAGCACAAGAAAGUGUGCCGUUCUAUUAGAAGAAGAGCUAUUCUGCAGUCGUUAACGUUAGCUUGAUGUAAUGUGGGCGCUGAGUGCUGAAUUUAGGAGCCGCUAAAGUAGAACGGCAGAGGUGAACUCUCGUUUUGGACCACCACACAGAGCCACUCUCAAAUGAAGUGAUCGUACUCUUCAGCCUUUAAAUAUUUGUACAUAAGAGAAAGAGCGCUUGUACAAUGAUGACAAGUGUUGAGAAAGUAGCAGUGUUUGAAAUGUUUUUCUUUUGUGGUCAGUAAGACUUCUCCCUAUUCCACCAAUGAAAAACGUUGUACCUUUACAAUCCACUUUCACACCAGACAUUUUGAUUUAAAAGAGCACAGCGAGCACGAAUGUAUUUAUAAGGGUGGCAAAAAAGGUUUUCCUCAAUACCAACCAGGCACAGGAUUAUGACCAGUGACAGCUGAAUGGAGCAACACUGAUUGGUGAUGUCUUCAUCAUUUGCACUUGUUGGUGGGUUGGGAUAUAUUAGGCAGCAGGUGAACAUUUUGCAAGCGACAUCGAUGUGGUAAAAGCAGGAAAAACGGGCGGGUGCAAGGAUCUGAAAGAGUUCAUGGGGGCUAAGUUGCGACGGCUUCAUCUGAUUAUGUCCAAAACUGCAGCUCUCGCUGGAUGUUCCCAGUCUGCAGAGAUCAUUAUCCAUCAAAGGUGGUCCGAGGAUGGAUGAUCUUAUAGUUUUCCACAUUUUGUCACAUUGCAACCCCUGCAUAAAGAGCGCAUAACAGGGAAGUUUGAGGAAAAGGAAACAGUUUUUCAAAUGACAAUGGUAAAAGUGAGAUAAACAUUUGCAUUUAGCCCCCAAGUUAAUAACUUUAAGAAUCCCCUUUCCCUGCAAUUACAUCUACAAGUCUUCUUAAAGCAUGUCUCUACCAGCUUGGGGCAUCUAGAGACUCCCUUUUCUGCCUAUUCUUAGUUAGACUGGGUGGAGACUGCUUUUGGGUCUAGCAGCAGAUCCUCAGUUGGAACUAGGUUUGGACUUUUCAUCGGACACUCAUUUGGACAUUUGACCUCACCUUAUCCUGCUUGGAUCUUGACUUCUGCCCACGUCUCAAGAGUUUUGCAGUCUCUAACAGUAUUACGAUGAGUGCCCUGUAUUUACCGACCAGCUUCUCUUUCCCAGCGGAAGAAAAGCAUCCCAAAGCCCAAUUCUGCCACCGACUUGAAUGCGUUAAAUUACAGCAGCAUUCAUAACUGAGUACAUGUAUUAUUUAGGGGAUUUUUUUUUUUGAUCGCAGCUUUUUGCACAGGAUUUUAUUUGGGCCUAUCAUAAGAAAGGGGACCGACAUUGAAUUCAAGUCAUACUUUUUAAACUUAUAACAGCUGUGCAAUGGGUAAAUACUUACCCAUGCAUCCACUGUAUGCCAAACUAUGACAUAAACCAAUAAGGACAAGUAGCAAAAAGAAUAAUGGCCCAAGCACAGAGCACUUUGCUUCAAUCAAAACCUAAUUAAAAGGGAAGUGCUGUGAAUAUUAUUUUAAGGAACUUCCAUCAGAAACUGAAUGGAAUGACUCAAGAAAGCACGUUCCGGUGACUACUACUCCUGCAUUUUCAUUUAAUUGCAGGGUUGCAGCUAAGAUCUGGAAAAGACACGCAGCUUAUGCCACGUUCUGUGCUCAGUGACCAGGCCCGCUGCUACGAGCGAUACAACGCAGUGAUAACAUCUUCGCUGCAUGUUUGGUAUUGAACCGUUGCAACAUGUCCUCUAAAAGAAGCUGUACAGUAUUACAGAUGGUCGGUGAAUUUCUAAGACGCAAGCAGCCAUGGGUGCAAAUGAAAUAGCUACUGGCUCUAAACCUGCGGCAGCCAUAUUGGACUAUGAGGUCUGUCUUUACCGGAAAUGAUUCAGACUUCAGAGGACCUUCUCAAUUCAUUUUUACAAUCUGAAACUUGGAAAAUCUGGCACUAAAAGUACAAAGAAAAUUAUAAACCACAUCCUGUAAAGCCUGCCCCCGCCGAGCAAAGUUUUAUUGAACAGACGUCUGACUAGACCAUGUGGUACUGUGGUUGAAAAGUCCCUUAAAGACGCGUAUAGAUGUCAAACUAGUAAUAGGGGGAUGGGGCUCGAUGAAAUGGAUUGACCAAAGCUGUUGGAUAGGAAGCGCAUGGUUCUUUUCACCAUCUUUUUCCAGACAUAAAAAAAAAAAAGGGCUGGCCAACCUUAUAACCUAGACAUAAAUGAGAUGCAUGUAGACAGACAAUGUUUCAAUGUCUGUUUCUAAAGUCCUGUCCCACUGUAGUGGAACCAUGUCUCUAUUUGGUCAUCCUCUGAAGCCUUAAAUUUGAUUAAGAAGGGCCCUUCUUACCAGAGAGCACAGCUUCCUCUAUUUGGGAUGCCGUACUUAGAAAAGGAAAGAGAAAAAAAAAAAAGCAACCUUGUAGCUGUCCUCUUCGUUCAAGUCAAAAAGUCUGCUGUGAAAUGGGCUCGGCAAACUAAUGGUCACGGUUAUUGCACAACUCACAAAAUAACACCAUCCCUGUGUUUUCGAGCACUCCUAGGCGAUGUUGAUUCAACUAUUUGGUGCAUAAGUUGGGAAGAUUUGUGUUUUGAAGUUUAGUAUACAGUUCCCGUAUUUAUUGUGCAAUACUAAGCAGUAACCUACUGUAGUGUACAUAAAGUGUUUGUGGUGCAUAGCGACUGCAGAACCCAAAUCAGGACAAUUCUACCAUGAAGACAAAUAUAGCUUUAUUAUAAUAGGUAAACUGCUGUGACUCAUUGAAGUGGUUAAGGGACGCAUUUGCCUGAAAAAAGCAUUUAUUGUGUUGCACUGUGCUACUGUGGAUAUGCAAACUAAACAGAAAGUAGUUGAUGGGAGCCAAACUAAACCACUUCACAUAUUUCAACUCUCCCUCCAACCACAUCCAUCCAUGAAUAGGUGUUAAAGCUUUGCAUUUGACGUUGAUAAACUAUAUUUCAAACUGUACCGUGAGGCGCCAGUAAGUGCACUGGCGCCCAUGUGGUUUUUUAGUAACUGUUCAAAUGUGCUGUAUGAAAACUUGUGUGCAUGUUUGCUUCCUGCAAACUGUGUGAUCCUGAGACACAGAUUAAUGCUAGCGGUUACGGCUAAAGUAGUAUACGAAAGUUAGCAUUUAAAAUGUAAGAAAUUUGCACAAAAAUUGUGUUAUGGAAAGCAUCAAGUACAACCCUCAAUGCAAUAAAGAAGGUGAAAAGUA